GCAGACAGUAGACUUGUAUGGAAGCCAGUCUCUGGGAGGUUAAUGGCACACAUAGAUGAUCCAGUCUAUGAAGGACAACAUGUCUGCGAUAAAAUACAUUUCUUAAAUGAUCCACCUGAUAAAUUUUGUGAGGAGGCUAGUGAUCAAAAUAAGUUUGAAGAUUUAACAGUCAGCAUGAGAGAGCCACAUAGCCCUUCCAAAUCUUGUCAUUUUGAAAGUGUCAUACCAGACUCCAGCCCAGUACAGGAUUCCUCAGUAAUCCACUCCACAGUGCCUGAUCUUACCAUAACAGAUUCACAUCCUGAGAGGCUGAUGCCACCAACUGGAAAUAUAGAAACAAGCCUCAUAGCUUCCUCCUCAAACACAAGCGACCAGUCUUUUUUUGUCAAGCGUCCUCCCUGGACAACAAAGAACCUCAACUAGAUCAUGUCAGGUCACACAGAAUUAGCCAGUUUUGCACUGAGUUGAGUCACAUCCCAUCUGUAGAACACUAUUUUGAAUGUCAUCAUGCUGUCUGGCUGGAGGAGGCUUUCCAUGAACAAAAUCAAGCAAAGAGAAAAUCCAUGAAACAAGGAUCACUUGUGCACAAACAUAAAUGGACAGACCCUGAAUCACAAUUAAAGAUGACACAAGCCCAAGAUUUGUUUUCCAAGAACAUGAAAAGAAAAUCCAUGAGCACGGACCAAAGCAAAAGUUCCUUGGUAUCGGUAUCAACAGCAUCUUCCAGGACAAAUCUUUCAGAAUCUUCAAUACAAUUUAAUUUAGGACAGAGUCAGGUGUUACCAGCCAAGUCACUCUCCUUGUCAUGUGAUUCUAAUACACUUCCCUCUGAAAAACUAGAAUUAAAACUUUCAAGUACAUUUGACUUAAGUCAAUCACAAUCUGAAAUCACGCUGUCCAGUCAAAGUAGCCCUCCACAGGGAAAAGAUGAGAAGCUGCCAUUCCCAGAACAAAGCGGAACUUCUGACUUAGUUAGACAAAGCUCAGCAACCUCAGACUUUUGUCAAACAGCCACAGAAAGUCAACAUGAUCAAAUCGUCAUUUCUUCAGACUCCACUUCGACACCACCAAAGUCUGGGUCCCCUCAGCUAGACCAGCUGCUGUCAGAGCUGGAGGAGAUGAAACUUAAAUUUAGACCAGAGAUACUUAAGCCACGUCUCUCCAGAUUCAGUGAUGAGAGCCCUGAAGUUGAUGAGAUUUAUACAUUUGAAGACCUUUCACCCGAAGAUGGAUUCCAAACGGAAGAUAGUGAUACCAUAAGAGUCAGCGUGUCAUCUGCCAUAAAGCUUGCAGAAGAUACUAAACACACAAAUGUAACAGUCACAGAGCCUGAACACUUUCAGACAUCCAUUAAAGAUGAACCUGAUGCAGUUUCAGUCGCUCCUGAUAUAGCAAAAACCUCUGAGACAAGUUUCCCGUCAAGCCUUGGAAGUCAUAAAUAUAGUCCUGUAUCUCCCACUGAGAACCUUUCAACUCCAGAAUCUCCCCAAAGAUUCCAUGAGGUGAUGGAAUCACUGGACUUAGGUUUUCCUGUUGACAUAUUACAGUCCGGCACAUAUGAUAAGAAUGCUACGGAGGCAUUUUCAUCCGUGUCUUCCCCCAAAGUAGAUGUAUCUGAAGAACAUGUGGCUAUUCUUAGUGAGGAAGAUUCUACAACUGACAUUCUUCAAAGUCAAAAAGAUCUCGAAACAGCUACAUCAUCUAAAGAAUCAGUGGGUGUGACAGAGGAAAUAUCAGCUCAGAGCAUCCAAGAUCAACGUCCACAUUCAUGGGAGGCAUGUUUUGUUGAAGCCACUCAGAAUGAAGAUGUCUCUUCUCAGUCUCUUUCUGAUUUGACUCCAGAGACAGUUACAUCUGCAAGACAUUUUAGAUUUGAGGAACUAGUGCCAUACCCCUCCCAGGGGAACUUGGAGACAUCUUCAGAUGAGGACAGGCCUUGGACCAGUGGACAGCCAUCAGAAGAAUCUCUGACUCCAAUAGAGUUUAAGCGUUUUGCCUCUCAGCCCACUCCAGUUGAACCCAAAGCAGAGGGCACUUCAUCAACCUCUGAUGAGGAGUACAGCAUCCCACCUGGGUAUGCAGAGAUCUUUUCUGCUACAGCGACCAAUAUCCCUCGGCCUCCAGAACACACAGGUGUGCGUAGUGAUGGAGACAGCCCAACCUUUGAACACUCUGAUCCAGAGCCUUACUUUGACUGCAUACAGGCUGCGUCAGAUUUCUCUGAGAAUGAGCCUGAUGAACCUGAGGCGGGUGCCACGUCCAAUAAAGAUCAUCUUAGUCAUCCAAGAGUGCUAGAAAAGGGAAAUCGAAGAGUACUGUUGUCCUCUGGAAGUGAAGAUUAUGAGGAUGCUCCCUUUGUUCAUGACCCUCUUUAUAAUGUACACGAAGAGACUGCAGAAUUAUUACACUAUCCAGAAACAUCAGAUGAGGAAUUCACCUUGUGUGAGGCUCCACAACCGCCUUCUGUCUGGGAAAUUCCAGCAUAUGAUGAUACUGAUAAAUAUCUGACAAGGGUAAGAUGAGAUUCGAUAAACCACCGCAACCUGCAAGCUUUUCACUUGGAGCUGAGCUUAACCAAAUACUAUAUUUGCUUCAGCGAGUAAUGACUGCUAACCCCCUGGCCACAUGGAUGGGAUCGAACACUCCUCAUAACCCUUAUCAUAUUUUGAUGAUAUUUAACACAUCCUAAUUCAGCAUGUGACUGUGCUGCCUCUAACCGGCUGAUUCACUCACAUUAAUAACUUAAGCUUCACCUUUA